AGAGGAAGAAGUGGCAAGUUUGUGGGUACACACUCGGCCCCACAAUGCUUCUGCUUCAGGCCUGCCGGGCUGCGCUCUGCCUGCUGCUGCUCUGCCAAAGCUGCUGUCUGGAGGCUGCCAGGGGUUUGAAGGAAGCUGUGAAGUGUGAAAGCGUUACUGAAGCAACCCUCGGUGAAGAGGCAAAUUUCUCUUGUGACUUCUUGCUCCCAAUGGAUGUCUUUCAAGUCACUUGGCAGAAGAUAAAUGGAUCUUCCUUCCAGAACAUAGCCACUUACAGCCAAACCCGUGGGCUGCGACUGAUAGGAUCAUUUCGGAGGAAGGCACGUUUUGCUAGAGCAGCCCUGAACACCUCAGUCAUCACUCUGAAAAAUCUCACAUUUGAGGAUGUGUCCUGUUACAGAUGCAUCUUCAAUGUGUUCCCUCAUGGCUCUUUCAGCAGCAAAGCUAUGUGCCUCAACAUCCAAAAAAGUGGAAACACGAACAAAUCAGAAGUCAAAACGUUGGAUAUGGGUUCCCCCAGUACAAGAGGUAUUCAGAAGAGAAUUGGCCUUGUGGCGGUCUUCAUCGGUGCUGUCUUAGCAGUCUUGACACUUCUCAUCAUGGGGCUAACCAACAGAAAAAGGAGACAACUGCAGAAACACAGAGCACGUAGCACACCUGAAAAGGAGAAAGGCUUACAGCAGGAUGUAAGUGAGCAAUCCGAAAGCCUGAACACACUGAAGGACCAAGACAGCACUUAUCAAAAUGAGUCACCGGGAACUUCACCUGACAGCUACGACUUUUCAGAUAUGAUGGAGAGUGGCUUGGCAACAACAUCAGCUCCUUUAUGACCCUGGGAUGCAUGUCAUCUGGCCUCAUAAACUUGUACACAUUCAGUCUCAUGAGGUGGUCUUGGACUUGCUCUGCUGGGGUCCACUUGUGCAGGGCUCUUCGUGGGGCUAAUAGCUAAUUUGGGUGUGAAAGCCAGGAUGAGCCCUCAGUGUAAAAUUUCUGCUGCUCCAGAUAGCUGCAGGGUAGAUGACAGCAUACAUGCCCCAGCUAUGCUCUAGCAAUGCUGGGGAGUGCCUGGAGCUUGAAGGAGGAAAGUUGGCCUGCAGUUAAGUGGAAAAGCGGAUGAGGUACUAGAAAUGCCCAGCUGUGCAGAUGGGAUGUCCCUUCUGGACAAAGGUGAUGCAGCUCUGCAGAGCUCAGGCUCUGUGACUGGCACUCUUACAGAGAUAUUUUCCCAGAAAGGUUUGUCCUGCCCUGCUGGUCACACAGGCAUCAAGGUCUACUGGAGGGCUAGUGGCAUCCACAGACACAACUGGUGAGCGACUGUGGCUGUACUUUUGGCCACAUUAGUCACUUCUCUUUGACCUCCUAUGGGUUUCCUCUUCUUUCAAGCUCUUACUAGUCCUGUUGUCACAGGAUGAUUAUGAUACAGCUCUGGUUUUAGCAAUAAUUUAGGGUUUAUUAAUACUUUUGUGACAAAUCACAGGGUUAGAUAGCUCCACUUAAUCAUAAGCCAAUUUAACAAGGAUUCAAUGGAUCUUACUACAGUCAAAUACAGCGACUUAGUUAAAGGUUUGAGAAUGAUAAGGUUCAUCUGAAAUUUACAGGCAGAGUAUUGUGAGGGAAGGUUUCUAAACUCAUUUGGAUGAAUUACUUAGCAUCCCUUUCAUCAUCUCUCAGUGAAUAAUGAGAUGUGUCCCAAAAGUGACUCCACUUCUUCAGUGUUGAAUCUCAAAAAUAAUCUAUCCUGAGGGGUGUCCCAACUGUAGGGGAUAUCAAAGAUUGCAGCAAGCUGAGGUCCUUGAGAGCUCCAGGGGCUCUUUGCUUAGGAAACCCUUAACAGCAGUACCUUGAGAUAAUUGCCUUUAGUCAGAAAACUUUCCAUUCUGGCCACAAUUCAGAUGAGGCAAUCCUGGAAUUUUCUCCCAGCUGUACAGUUCCAGUGCUCCCCGGUUAUACAGUUCUGGUACCUCUCACAUCAGGCCACAGUUCAAGGAGCAGCAGUUCUAGGUAUGUUCAGAGAGUGCCUGAGCAUCUCAACACACUAUGCUUGAGCGAAAGCAAAAUUGUGCCAGUCAUCUCAUCUUAUGCUAGUUGCAGAGUGGCCUAGGGGCUGCACCACCACACCAAUACUGUGAACAGGAGCCCUUCUGUUUUCUUGUCUUCACGAUAAUGGCCAUGGCUAAUUAUUCUGCCUACUCUU